AUGAUCCAAAAGAACCGCGGACUUUCUGCGGCUCUGAUCUGCGUCGUCCUCGCGCUCCUGCCUCAAGGCUCCCAGGCUCUGCUGGAGCUCAGUGCGUCUGGUCCUGACGUUGCCAGUGUUUUAGUCGGGGGCAAUGUGACUCUGGGCGUGUCCUACAGCAGGGCCUCGAACGCCGCCAUCAUCUGGAGGAGGGGCCUGGAUCCUGUGGCGACCUGGACCAUCAACACCAGCGCGCCCCCGGACAUCCACCCCGGGCUGGCCUCGGUCCUGGGGGUCAGCGCCAACGGCUCGCUCCAGUUUGUGGGCGUGACCCUGGACUACAGCGGCGGCUACAGCGUGGAGAUGACCAAGUCUGGACAGGGCACCGCCACGCUCAACUUCACCCUCACCGUCUACGAGAGGUUUGAAGGCGUGGUCCUGACCUGGCAUCCUGACUCAGUAGUUGAGGGGUCCAAGCGCUGGUCCCUGGGGUACACCAUGGUGCGGGGAGUGGUGCAGGACGCCACGUGGACGUUCGGAGACACAGAGAUCCAGACCAGCGACCGCUACCAUGUGGAUCUGAACAACCUGGUGAUCCUGGCCCCGGUCCGGACCGACUCGGGUCCUUACACCCUGACCCUGAGGAACCCCUACAGCAACGCCACCGCCCGGACCAUGGUCACGGUUUUAUAUGGACCGGAUGAGCCCGAGGUCACGGCGUCUCCAGAUCUGCCGUUUCAUGUUUCUGGAUCUUCCCUGAACCUCUCGUGUGGCGCCGACAGCUUCCCGCCGCCGCUUUACUCCUGGACGUUUAAAGGAGAGAAACUGGACGACGGCGAAGUCCUGACUCUGACCAACGUUCAGACGAGUCACAAUGGAGAAUACACCUGCUCCGCGGUCAACGGCGAGACCAGAACGAGUCAGAGCAAGAACGUGACACUCAGAGUUUAUGAAAGUCCGGGGGACAGUCCCGUGUGCUCGGUGUUGGCGCUGGGGGACUUGGACCUUCAGUAUCGGUGCUCGUGGCCCGGUGGGACCCCCCCGGCUCAGAUCUCGUUCCCGGGACUCGACAACAGCUCGGCCCCUGGGCUCCUGACCCUCACUGUGGCUGCGACCCAGAACCUGAGCGGGACCUCUGUCUCCUGCUCCGCCUCCCACCCAGUGCUGCACGCCUCCUGCAACAUCACUGCAGCCGCCCCAGCGCCCUUCCUCCCCUCCCUGUCCUUCGGGGUGAGCUCAGAGGGUAAGAUCCGUGUGACCAUGAGCUGUGUGAGUGCGGCGGUGCCUGUGGCUGUGGUGUCCUGGCUCAAGGGCACAGAGGCAGUGAACAACAGCCAGGUCUACAGCCUCAGCUCCACUGAGCUCACCGGCGAGGACCACAACAUCACCACCUUCCUCCUGCACCAGUACACCUGCUCCUGCCGCAACCCUCUGGGAGAGCAGCGCCGACAGAUACAGCUGCGAGCUCCAGUCAUCUCUGAUUCCAGUCUGUUCUCCAACCGGGACGGGACCGUGGUCACGCUCACCUGGGAAGUCCCGCCCACCUCCAUCGUCACAGGGUUCGAGAUUCAGAUGCAGGGUCCAGACCUGGAGCGCUCGCAGGGAAUCCUGCCGGGUCGAGCUUCUUCGUUCCGUACCAUCCAGCAGAGGCCCGGCUCGGCCCGGUCCACAGACAUCCUGAACCUGGACCCAAAACUCAACUACAAGUUCAGGGUGGUCCCCAAAGCUCGGCUCAUCAACGGGGAACCCUCCGCCGUGCAGCACAUCGGCCCAGGUUCAGGACUGAGUGGAUCGGCCAUCGCUGGGAUCGCAGCUGGGAUUCCUGGAGGGAUUCUUCUUCUGCUGUUACCCAUCGGCUUCCUCUGCCUCCUGAAGCACAGACACCACAAUGAGCAGGUCCGGUAUCCAAUGACAACGGACAAGGGCUUGAAGACUAAACCUGAGCUGUCUCCUAAUAACAUCCGAAUGGCUGGAGGUCUGAAUAAUUACAGCCCAGACUAUAACCGCUUACACCAGGCUCCUUCUGAACGCUCCAUGGACCUGCCCAUGUUUGUGCCUCCAGCUCCCGUCAGAGUCGCCACCACUGUCUGA